CAAUCCAAGAGUUCAUCAACACGCGGUUCCUCGCAUUUCCUUCGUUUCCCAUCUUCUUUUUCUUCUUCUUCACGGAGACUGUCACUCGCUAUGCGGUCCCUUCUUUUUGCCGCUCUUGCUGGGCUUGCAGUUGCCCAGUCCAAUUCGACGAUUAGCAGCACUUCAGUCGUUUCAAGCACGUCCCGCGUGUCUUCAACACUGUCCUCCUCAGCGACUGUCAGCAGUGCCAACUCUGCGAUCACCGUGGCGCUUGAUGGCUCAGGUCAAUACACUGCUAUCAACGCUGCUGUUAGCGCAGCGCAGAACAGUGGUAUUCCCACUGUCACAGUCCUAUCUGGAACCUACAUGGAGGCAGUCACCGUCGUUGGCACCGCCACAGUGACCAUCGUUGGAGCUACGGCUACAGCUGCUACUGACUGGUCCCAGAACCAAGUCGUCAUCUCGAACCCUGCUGUAGCGCUCACCAUCGGUUCCAACAGUGCCAAAGGCGUGACACUGAGAAAUCUUAAUUUCAUCAAUUCCGCUAGCACAGGUCCAUCCGUGAACGCCGUCGUACUUUCUUUGAGGGGUAACAAUAUAGCCUUUUAUGGAUGUUCCGUUGUAUCUCCAGGAGCUACUGCUAUCUCUGCGUCGUACGGCCUGGCGUUCUUUGCCAACUCAAGGAUUGAGGGUUCCGAUAAGCUCUUCUACAAUGUUCCGUCGAUGUACGUGUACAAGUCGACCAUUGUGCCGCUUUCCUCGGGCGCCAGCAUUGUCUACUCGAAGGGUGCGACUGUGAACAACGUAUUCUACAACUCUACAGUCGUUUUCGAUUCGGGUUCCAUCGAGCAGAAGCCUGGUUCCAGCAACGCUGGUGUGUUCCUGGCGGCGCCUAACGGAGCUGGUGCAACCGUCAUCUAUCGCAACGUCGCAAUGGGAAGCCUUGUUUCCGCAGCCGGUAUUCACCCGUCGGCAGCUACUGUCUCGUCAUUCUACGGCGAGUUCGCCACCACAGGCGCCGGAUCAUAUGCUAAGAACGCGGCGACUCGUCCUACGUACGACACCUUGCUCACUGCAGACCAAGUGUCGCAGUAUACUGUCGACAAAGUGUUUGCAAACGCCUUCUACCCCUACGGUAGCCCUUCGACUUCGUGGGUCGACUCAUCUGUGUUGUUGUCUGUGGCCAAUUCAGAUACUGCACAGCUCGCCUUUGCUUCGUCCUCAGCGAUCGUUGCUUCCCCGACUUCCUCGAUCGCACCUUCGAGCACAUCCAACUCCACUGUCUCAGCGGGUGUGAGCACCAGUGCCUCAUCGACUGCAUCGUGCGCGCCCUCUGCCACCCUGAUUGUGUCUAAGAACCCUGGUGCGUGCGAUUACAGCAAUGUCACCGCUGCUAUCGCCGCCCUGCCGAACGAUUCCAAGGCAUAUACCAUCCAGAUUGGAGCUGGCGUCUACAACGAGCAGAUCUCAAUCACUCGCAAGGGCAAGGUCACACUGAUUGGCGCAACUAAUAACACUCGCGAUUAUACCCAGAAUCAGGUCACCAUCCAGACCUCGAAUGGUGUCCUAACCAGCGCUGGCCAAGAUGAGAUCACACCUGUCAUCAAUGCGAAGAAGACCAAUGACAACUCUGGUAUGGCUCUGUACAACAUCAACUUUGCCAAUGUCUACCCGCAGACGAAGAACACAGCUGCAUUGGCUGCCGACUUCUAUGGAGCUAACCUUGCCGCCUAUGGAUGCUCCUUCACUGGGUUCCAGGAUACCUUGUUGGCUAAUAAGGGUACUCAGGUGUUCUCCAACUGCUAUAUUGAAGGUAGCGUAGACUUCAUCUGGGGCUACUCGACUGCUUUCUUCCAUCAGUGCAUGAUCGUCACCAACACUCCCGGUAGCUGUAUUGCAGCACAGGCUAGAUCUACUGCUACCACCACUGGUGGAUACGUCUUCGAUCGCUCUGUCAUUACCUACAGCUCCACCUAUGGAAGCUCAUUCGGGUUAAGUUACCUUGGACGUCCCUACUCUGAGAACUCGAUUGCAGUAUACACCAACUGUUUCAUCGAUAAACACAUCUCCGCUGCUGGUUGGUCGGUCUGGUCAACGAGUGCUCCGCAAACCUCGAAUGUCAUGUUCGGCGAAUACGCAAACACCGGCCCCGGCUCUUGGCAGGCCUCUACACAGCGUGCUAGCUUUGCAACCAACUUGACCGCUUCUCAAGCUGCGCAAUAUGAGCUUGCUGCCUGGAUUGGCGACACUACUUGGCUCGAUCAGACAGCGUACAACUAUGUGCCUUCCUACAGCUUAACAGGUCCUUCGACUUCGGCCUCGCCAUCCACCAACACUACUGCCUCUGCUGGUAGCUCCACCACUUCAACCAUCAACACCCACCCCGAUAGUGGUUCAGUACCGCCAGUUGGUGCCAUCGUUGUGUCAGUUGACGGUAGCCACAAUGCUACCUUCACCAAUGUCACGGCGGCCCUCACAUCUCUGCCCAAGGACGCUACAAACCAGACAAUUUUCCUCUACCCUGGUAGCUACAACGAGCAGGUGCCGUCGAUUAACCGUCCUGGCGCCGUGAGAAUUAUUGGAUACACCACUGGCAAUCCUGGCCAAUCGUACAAGGAUAACACCGUCACAAUCACGUUCUCUCGUGGUCUGUCCGUCUCGCCGCUUCCCGCUGGGCACUCUGAUGCUGAGACUGCUACUGUUCAGACAGCCUCUAGCCGCAUCAGCUUCUACAAUAUUGCCAUGAUCAAUACAGACAAUCUUGACGGUGCUGAGGCUUCGUAUGUAACGCUCGCUGCUUCAAUCUAUGGUAACGAUAUUGCCUUCUACGGCUGCUCGUUUGACGGUUGGCAGGAUACACUGCUCACUGGUGCCACUACUGGCUACCAGUACUACGAGUCUUGCUACAUCGGUGGUGAGUAUAUAAGCUUCUUCCCGUCUUUGCACGUGAGUUAACCAAUGGCAACAGGUGCGAUUGAUUUCAUAUGGGGAUACUCCAAGGCGUACUUCAAGGGGUGCACAAUUGGCGCUAAGCGCAAAUCUUCUGCCAUCACUGCUCACAGCAGAGCCUCGUCUUCUGCCAUUGGAGGUUACAUCUUUGACAAUUGCCUUUUUACUACUGCCCCUGGUGUGGCGGACGACCUCACAAACAAGGUCUACCUGGGUCGCCCAUACUCUGCGUAUGCUCUGGUUGUCGUCAAGAACAGCUACAUCGAUUCGGCAAUAGCGCCUGCAGGUUGGAAGAUCUGGAGUGCGACUGACCCACGAACGGACCACAUCACGUUCGCAGAGUUCAACAACAGCGGCCCCUCGAACUGGGAGAACAAUGCGGCUGCUCGUCAGACUUUCGGAUUUGCUACGCUUCUCGCAUCUGACACAUACUCGCUUGCGUCUGUGAUAGACUCAACUGAGUGGAUCGAUAUGACCUACUGGAACUCCAUUGUCAC